CAAAGCCCUCAACUCAGCUUUUCGUUCGCGUUUCUGUUUCUGUAUCCGUAGCAGGAAAUUAUAGAUUAUUUGGGUCAUGCACAGAUACUGAAUAUGUAAUUUAUAAAAUUAGUCAUAGUCAAUAACCUCAGCAUGUCUGGAACGAAAUCCUCUUCACGAGUGGCAUCUGUGAAGAAAGAUGGAAGUUUCCGCUAUGCCACAAGGUUUUUGACAUCAGAGAGAGGGAAACGUAACAAUUUGAAUAAAGAAGCAAAUCCUUCAAAAUCUUGUGAUUGUAUCAUGAAGUCAGAUAAUUGGAAAGGAUCUAAGCAUGCACAGUUUUCCAAACAGCCUGUAAAGAAGUCAAAUUUGAAAUGCUGUACCGCAAAAGAUGGCCGAAAAAAAACUAAUACAAAUCACCAAAAAGUUGUAAUUGUUUCCAAACGUUCUUCCACUGUGAGUGUUGUGAAAUCAUGUAAUCGGCGCAAGUCUGUAUCUGUAAAGAAAGUAAGCUACUCAACGUCAAGAGUGCUGUCAUCUGAUGAAGAUACUGAUAGCGAUGAAGAAUCUGAAGACGAAGAAGAAGAAGAGGAGGAAGAGGAGGAAAAUGAAUGUUCAAGAAAAAAGAAAACUGUUGUAAAACAUACAACUUCUAAAGUUAAGUCCAGUAUACAUGAAUCGAAGAGACCUGAAAACCGAGCUGCAAAAAAGGCCAAAGCCAUUAAAUUGCUCUGUGACAAAUUGUCAGCUACGAAUAAAAGUAAAGAUCAUGAUUCAUCUCGUGAAUUAAGACCAAGAUUUCCUUAUAAUAUGCAGCAAGAAUGGCCAACUGCGAGAGCCCAUCGCAUGGCCAGCUUAAAUGCUUUGGCUAAAGUUCAUGUUUUGUAUGAAAAUGAAGGGCGAACAGUUGGAGAAAACUUAAAUGACGCUGAUGAAUGUUCACUGAUUGAUUUUCUGAAUGAGAAUUCAGAUAUUGAUGAUGAUGAUCAUGUAAAAGUUAAAAAAGAACCAAAGCCUGCUAUAAAUGCAAAUGUUAAAAGGAAUGAUAAAUCUAAGCUGAAUGAUAUUGAUAAAUCGAAAAUGAAUGAAGGCAGUAAAUCUAAAUAUAAUGGUGGCAAUAAAUCUAAAUUGAAUGAUGGCAGUAAAUCUAAAUGUAGUGAUAAAGAUAAGAUAAAAAAUGUGAAGAAAGAAAAAUUGCAAGCCAAAGUAAAAGCUCAAAAAAGAGGGAAGAAAAGAAAAUUUCCUGAUGUAGAAAUUAUUGAUACUAAAAUUUGCAAACGUAUGGCAAGUCUGAAUGCACAAGCUAUAUUAGCUGCAAGUUAUUUACAAGAGCCUAAACCAAAAAGGGUUUAUAGGAGAAAUGAAAAAUGCAAUGGUGCUUCUGAUGAAAAAGAAGCUGCUAUGGGAACAGAAUGUGAUAUCACAGUUAUUAAAACUGAAAAAGAGGAUGAUGUGACAUUUAUAGAAACUAAACUGGUGGAAAGAAAUGAUAAACAAAAUGAAAUUUUAAAAAAUUCCUCCAAAGAGCAAAUGAACAAAAGUAUUGAUCCAUCAGUUACUCAUAAAAAGCAGACUUCAGAUAAUCAGAGACCUGAAACUCCAAAACAAAAGAAUGAUUCUGAUGAACCAGACUUAACCAUCAUUGAAAGCAAUACAGAUUUGGCUUCUGCAAGUAGAAAAUGUAGCGUUGCAAAUAGUGUAGUUGCUUCAAGUGCUGCAACUACCAAAGUUGGUGUGACCCAAUAUACUGAAGUCACAAAAGUUCAAAUAAAUACUCACAAUGAUGCUGAAAUUAAAACAGACAGUAAGUCUGAAAGGAAGAUAGAGCAGAUUCUUUCAAAUGAUGAUGUAGCUAUUACACAGAUGUAUCAUUAUCAGUCAAAAAGUACUAAUGAAAGUUACUGUGUACAAAUGCAAACAACAUAUAAACCUGGUUCCAGAAAUCUCUCGCCAUCAACCUCUAGACCCUCUGGUGAUGGUUUACAUCCUUUUGUUAAUGAGCCUCUUUUGCCAAAUAGUCAACACUAUUAUAAUCGUAACCCUAUAUUACCACCUCAUACAUAUCAGAUGAAUCCUAGUAUGGGACCAGUACCACCAGCUAUUAGUAUGGAUCACAGACUUCCUCGUCAGUUUGGUGGCAGUGCAUUUACUGUUCCACAUUAUCGUCAUCCUCAACCACUACAGUUUCCACCUAAUGAAUAUGGAUAUUAUCAGCCUGCUGGUCCCCUUAUUCAACCUGUUCAAGAUCAGUAUACAAUUCAUAAGCCAGUACCAUAUCAUCCUCAACCUAAUCCUCAUCAGCCUCCUCAGAGGCCUCAGCAGCCUUCCUCACAACGUGAAGGUUUUCAAGCUUUCGAAUCUCGUCAGUCUCAUUCACAGAAACCAGCACUACCCUCUCAUUCUUCUGUAAUUUCAUCUCAUCAAAAAUCUGCUACUUCAACUGGUCCAUUGAAUCCAGAAAAUCCUUCUCAGCCAAGCUCAUCUUCGCAGUUCAUAAGACAUCAACCUGAUGAUGAUUCAAGAGUGAGGAGUAAUGCCAGUAAUAGCAUUUCAUUUAAUCAACCUCCAAAACAUGUACGAUCCCCAGUAAUGCCUACUUUGCAUUCAUCGCAACAAAAUUUUAGAAAUUACCAAACCCAGAAACGAGUGCCAAGUACUUUCAAGAACUAUAAUCUUCCAUAUGAGCGUAAAGAAAAUCCUGCUUCUAAAAACAGCAGCUAUGAUACUGGCUCAUCAUUUAAUUCUUCCCAUUCAAAUGCUUCUACAAAAUGUACACCUUGUGAUUCUCAUCUUUCUCGCAAUACUUCUACGCAGUCAAAAGAAGUUUUACCUCAUGUUUCUCAUAGUGCUGCUCCAAUGCACCCAAGAAAUAUUUCUCCUCAUUCUUCACGUUCUGGAGAGCAUUACAAGAAUAUAAAUAAGCCAGAUAAAUUAAAUGAGAGAUAUUAUGGUUUUAAAAACAGCAGCAGCUCUUCAAAUCAAUACCAUUCUGGUUCGUCUUCAAGCAUGCAUCUUUCAAAUAUAAGUCACCAUGAUAAUGCAUCUGUAAGCAUGCAUAAUCAAAAUACAUCUUCAAUAAGUCAUCCUGAUCCCUCAAAUAUGCAUCCUUCUAAUUCAUCUUCAGAAAUGUGUAAUCCAUAUUCAAAUAUGUGCAACACAGACCCAUCUUCAAAUAUGUAUGGGUCUUUAAAUGUACAUCAUUCAGAUUCAUCUUCUACCUUUAUGCCCUAUCAUAAUGCAAGAAAAGAUAUACAACAUAGAAAUUUACCUGAGACAGUAGAAUAUCCACCACGUCCCCCAUCUGUUAUUGAAAUUGUGGAAGAUAAUCACCGUGAUAUUAAAACAUACAUUCAGUUAGAAGUACCUAAGAAUAGACACAGAGAGAAAAUUGUAGUAGUUGAUGUUGAAGAUGAUGAUAUUGAACAAAAGCAGGUGCUCUCUAAGACCAGUGAUAAAACUAAACCUGUUUUUGAUAAAUCUUCUGGUAAAGCUGAAGCAGAAAAAAAAUGUAAUCAAAAUAACACUGAUAAUGGGAAACAAAAGGUUGAAUCCUCCCCAAAUAAAGGAUUUUCAAAGGAGUCUCCUAUUAAGAUAGAAAAAAUAGAAAAGAAAUCUGAUAAAAAUAAUGAAAGUAAGAAAGUAAGUAUUGGAGACAUUGCCAUUUCUUCUAAAGAUGAUGCACCUCUUCAAGAAAAUACUAAGAAAGACAUGACUGAAUCACCGGAUAUCACAGUUUUAGAAGUUAAAAAGAGAAAAGAGUCUGCUGUGGUUCGAAGAGCAAGAUUGCAUGGUAAGCAGAGAACUUUCAGAGAUUGCUACAAUAGACCACUUGCCCAAUUGAGCAAAACUAAGAAGAACGAAGAUGUUUCAGCUGCAGAAAAGCAUUUGACAAAAAAUCUUCAACCAUUAGUAUCACUACCACGUCUUGUGCUUCCAAAAGUUGAGAAACCACCCGCUCAUGGUUGGUCAUGGGAAGGUACUCCAUGUUUAAAAGAAGUAUUUAUUUCUAAUGAUGAUCCACCUUUGCUACGAAAAUGUUAUUCAUCAAUGAAACAUGUUGAAGGUGAUGUUGUAUGUGUGAAGGAUUGUGUUUUUCUUAAAUCAGGUCCACGAAAGACUGACUUGCCAUUUGUUGCUAAAGUAACUGCAUUGUGGGAUAAUCCUGAUGAUGGUGAAAUGACUAUGAGUUUGUUGUGGUAUUAUCGCCCAGAGCAUACUGAAACAGAAAAAAAAAUAGAAAUAAUCGAUGGUGAAGUUUUUGCAUCAAAACAUCGCGACACAAAUAGUGUUGCAUGCAUUGAUGACAAAUGCUUUGUGCUUACAUAUGCAGAAUAUUGCAGAUUCAAAAAACGAUACAAGAUGGCAGAAAAUGGUUCACAGCCUAGUUUUUCUAUUGUUCCACAAGGUAAUAAUGACUACCCAAGAAAGAAGCGAAUGCCACCUCCAAAUGUCUUUCACGAUCUUGUUUUCUUUUGCAGGAAAGUUUAUGAUUAUCGCCAAAAAAGGUUGCUUAAAAAUCCUGUGUAAUAUGAAAAAAUGGAUAUGACAUGUCUAGCAUUGCUUUUGUGAUGUUUUUGUAAGAGGACCAGAACAUAUUUAUAUAUAUAUAUAUAUAUAAAUAUAUCUAUACACACAUAUUAAUAUAUAAACCGAAGUGUGCAUCUGAUUGAAUGGAAGUAUUUGUUUUUAUGAUUUUAAAAUUGAAGGACGAUUUUAAUUUCGCUUUUAUUUUCUAUAUACGAUAUAUGAGUAUAUCUAUUUAGAAGUUUGAUUUUUCAAUACUCACAUUCACCAUUGAUUUAUCUCUCUCUCUGUCUAUUUUUCUUUUCUUUUAUUUCAUUACACUUUUAAAAACAGUAUUUUUUUUUAUUAUUUUUUUAAAGUGAGGAUUGAUUCUUCUAUUUAUUUAUUUCUAGUCAUGAAGUUGCUACUAUCAUAGAAAUAUUUGAAAAUAAUUAUUGCAACUAUUAUACUUGUAGUUUUCAAAUGAGCAGUUUUAAUGGUUAUAUUUUGUCUUUAGAUAUUAAUCAUUUUUUGGUAUAAAUUUUACUGUUUUUUUAAUUAAUUGUGAAAUAAUUGUACAUUUCUCUACUUAUUGUACUGCUCAAGUUUUCUUUAAGUAGUCAUUUGAUUUUUUCAAAAAAUUAGUUAACAACUUUUAUUAAAAUUUGGUUCAUUUGCCUUGAAUUUCUAGUUUAAUAAAUAGAAUUCUAUUUACUUUUUUUUUUUUUUUUUUGUACCGCUAGAAGAUGAAUAAACAUACUCAAACAGUGAAAUGAAAGAAUGAAUAUUAAUUCGUGAUAUAAUAGAUGAAAAUAUAAGAAGUGAAUAAAUUUUAAUAAUAAUUAAUUUUUACAUGAAAAAAUCAAAGACUAAAAUUUUAAGAAUAUUUGCACUGUUUGAAAAUUUUUUAUCAAGGGACUUGAAUCUGAGUGAAAUUGAGUUACAAUAUGGGGUUCACUCUAGUAAUGGUAACUCUGAAUUUUAUUUCCUAAGACCAAUGUAGUGUGUAGUCUGCAUGUGGUUUGCAUCAUAUUAUGAACGAGAUCAUAAGUUCCUGAAACUGAGUUACGGUAUAUAUGUUGCAAAGGACCCACUCUACUAGCGGCAACUGUGAUGUUUAUUUCUUUAGAACGGUAUAGUAUGUAGUCUGCAUGUAAUUUGCAUCAUGUUAUGAAAAAGAUCAUCAGUUCUUGAAAACAUUUGAUAAGAAAUAUUCAUUUAAAAAUAUUAUUAAGUUUUUCAAGUUAUUUUGAGAAGAAUAUCUACUAAUUGUUAAUUUUCAGAUUAGGUGCAAAAUGUUUCACUGAGUUUGAAAAGUUAUAAUAAAGUUCUUGAGAUGUAAUAUCUAUGAAUCCUGUCAUGUUCUGUGAACUGUUAAAUUAUUUUAGUAAUAAUGAUUUUUAUCUGCAAAUUUCUGAUACACAACUUUUGACAUGAAAUAUUUUCUUUUAUUUACUUAUCAUUUUUCUGAAAUUGUUAAAAUGUGAGGAAUAGUCAUUUCCCACUCACUUCUUAAAUUAAUGACAAUGAAGUUUUCAGCAUAAUUAAGCACUCCAUAUCAUUAAAAAAAACCUGUAUAUUUCAAAAUGAACUCCAUAGAUUAUUGUAUGCCAGAAGCUUAGUUUAUAUAUUGAAAAUUUCUCUGUACUAUAUAUUUUGUAUAUGAUCUUGUAUGUCCAAGUAUUCGAUAAAAAUAUAGACCAUAAAACUAAUGUAUAUUGCAUUGAAUUGAAAGUUUUAAAAUAUUAACCAUUAUUACUUUUAGCAGAGUUUACUUCAUCCUAUUUCCUUCGAAACUUAAGCGAUAAUUAAAACAUGUCUUAUAAAAUUUGGUAAUGAAUUCAUCUUACGAUUGCCCUCAUCAAACAUAUAUAAAAAUUGGCUAUUGAAUGUUAUUAAUUACUUUACACAGAAUCUGAUAAGAUUAGUUAUUACUUUUGUAACAGAGUUGAAUUUUGUUCAUCCAAGAAUUGGAUCAGAUCGGUUAUAUGAGGAUAUAAUCAACUUGAUGUAUCAUAUGUUACAUUUAAAAGCGAUCAUUGUAAAUAAUUCAUUAAAUCAUCAUAUUUUUGUCACAUUAUCCAUUUUAAUUUUCUUAAAUUUUUGACAAAACUAAAAAUGUGUAUCAUAAAUUAGGUAAUCAAUUCUUUAACAUGAAUAUUAAGUUUUAAGAAAUUUUGAAGCUGAAAUUAGAAAACUGAUUUUCUUAAUGAGUUUAUGAGUAAAGAAAAUCUACGAAUUGUAAUGAUUUUUCUGUCUUACAGUAUAAAUUUUAUGAUUAAGAUCUGGUAGUCAAUUAAUACUGUUUCAUUUGCAUACUUGUUAUUAUUAGAAUAAUAAUAAAUCCAGUAAUAUUAUACGUCAGUUCACCAUUUAGUUGACACUUUUGUCAUCUUUUUUUCAUUAUUUUAUUCUUUGGUCCUAAAAAUUAUACAUUUUAUUGGGUUUUUAUCUUUCCUUUUGAAAUGUUGUUUUAUUAUUUUUAUGUGAACUGCUUAUCCUCUGUAGAAUUUUUUUUAAAGAUUUUUUUUUUUUUUCAGUUUUCUCUUCUUUUUUGAAUAAUUUUUAUUUAUAACUUUUCCAUCUACUAAAAUAUAAAAUUAUAUCUCAGUCUCUUUAAUGUAGAAAGAUUAUUAUUUAUAAUUUAUUUUAUUCGCAUAGUUUUGUUACAUUUUAAGAAAUUUUAAUAUGCUUUUUUUUGUUGUAAUUAAUAAGUUUUUAUGAAAUAUUUUGCAAUCAAAUAUCUAAUCAAAAUUUGUUCCCAAGAUAAUUUUGGAGUUUUUUGUGAUUUUGUUUAAUCAAACAACCUCUGAUAUCCUUUGCAAGAAUACUCUGAAUUAGAAUAUAUCUUAUCAUUUCUCUUUCAUUCUUUAAAAGGAAGAGGGGGGGGGUUUACACAUUUAAUGACAUUCCUUUUCUGUAUAUUAUUGUACAUUUAUUCUUUUAUUUGAAUUUGUUAAUAUUUUUUAUGAACAUUGUGAAACAUAUCAGAAUUAUCAUAAAUUAAUUAUACAUCAAAAUUUAAAAAUUUGCAUUGCACCUAUAACUGUUUUAUAAGUAUACUUCCUUAUGAAUUUCAUGCACACUUUUGAGACAUUAAUGUGACUGAAGAUUGUAUUUCCAUGUUAUAUAUUAUUAUGUUCGUAGAUUAGCCAAUGGUAUAGUGCUUUUACUACUAGAUAAAAUGCUUGUAAUUUAUGCUGAUAUUUGUAUUACAAUCUUGUCUUUUAAGUCGUCUUAUGCAUAGAACUAAGAAAAAAAAAUGUGUUUGAUUUUAUUUCAGUUGAUGUCUAAUUUUUAUAAUAUUAUCCAGAAACUUGAAUUAUUUGUUGAUAGAAAAGAAUCUCUAAGAGAACUUUUUAGCUUAAUGUUUGAUUCUAUUUUUCUGUUAAAUUAAAAUAUAUAUAUAUAUGUUGAUUUUAUGUUUAGUUAAAAAAUGUUUUUUAUGUUAUAUAAUCAACUAUAAUUUUUAAAUUGGUCAUUGAUUUAUGUGUUUUUUCCACCGAAAAAUAUUUCUACUUAUUUAGUAUUAAUUAAAUUAGAUAAUUAAAUCUUUAUUAAUUCAAAGAUAUAUAUUAAAAUCUUCAUUGAUUAAAAUAAGCUUUGCAAAAUAAAUUCUGAUGAAAAUUUUUAUACUGUUUGCUGAAUUUUAAUGGAAAUCAUCAUGAAAUUGUCUUCCUACUUCAGUCAAUUCUUCUUAUAUUGGCAUAAACUUGUCAAGAAAUUUUUGUACUGUAGGUAAACUUAAGGUGAAAUAUUUGAAAUUUUCAUUUAAAUUAAUGUAAUAAUAUGGGAUUAUAAGAAAAAUCUUUGAACUUUACAAAGUUUUCUAGUGCAAAAGGAGAAUUUAAUUACUAUUGUGGUUUGUAUUUUAAUUAUUAUUAUAUUUAAGUCUUUCACAAUCUGUACAAAAAUAUUAACAUGGAAAACGAAGUUCAUGCAAGAUCUGUGACAAAUCAUGGAAUAAAUUUUUAAAGGUAUUUUUUUCUUAAAAUCUCAGUAAAAUCAAUUUCUUAUACAUUUAAAUGUUACAAUGUUUAUUGUACUAUAAUUUCCUAACCAGAAGGAAGUAGUAUAUUGCUGUUUAACACAUAGUAUGUUGAGUAGUAUGGUAGUUUUGCAAGUUAUUAUGCAACAUUUAAUAUGUACUUGUUUAUUUAUACAUACAAACUAUAUGAUUUUUAUUUAUCUUAACAAUAUAAUUUAGAUUCAGAAAUGUAGCAAUUGGGAUGCAAGGAGGGUGGGUAGACAACGACAAAACAUUAGUGUGUUUGUUAAUUUUUUCAAAAACUAUCAACUGUCAUACAAAUGAUGAUAAUAAUACCAUGCAUUAGGUGCCAUUUACCAUUUCUAUACUGUUGAUGAUAACUGGGACAAGAAAAAAAAUAUAUUUUGUCCCUGGAACCAUUUCCCUUUGCUACACAUCUGUUUAAAUUAUAUAUAUAAACUACCCUUUAUUAUAAAAACAAUAGCAUUGUUAUCUAUGUUGUAAUCAGAUGUAAAAAAUUACCGUGUUUUAGUAAAUUAUGAAAUAUCAUUAAUGUAUUACUGACAAAAAUAUUUGGUGUGCAUGACCCAAAUUUUUUUAAUUAUAAAUACAUGAAACUUUUAUAACUAAGAGUCUUUAGAAGUUAUGCCUUUUUUUUUAUAUACAAACUUAUUGAGUAUUUUCAUACAUCAUUUCAAUAUCUUCCAUUGGAAUUUCCAUACAACUUUAAAAAUAUUGCAUAUUGAAAAUAUAUGUGCCUUUUUAUUUUAUACUUAAAAAAUUAUAGGCAAUGAGUGAUUCUUUUUUUGCUCUUCAUUCCAAGAAAUUUUACCUCAAUAAAAUUUAUUUUUUGCUAUACCAUUGGUUUUUAAUAAAAGAUUUUGAAUAAGUAUGAAAUACUUUAAAAUGUUUAGAAACUUUUAGUUUGCUCUCUGAUAAUCAAGCUAUUUUUUUAUGUUUAUCUAGAUGGUUGUUACUUUGCCUUUGUGGUAAGGAUAUAUAUAUAUUUUCAUAAAGAUGUUGCAAAUCAUCUAUAAAAAUAUAUUAUUUAUUACUUGAGUGGGUAUUAGUUAUUAUAUUUAUUUAUUUAUUUGCCUGGUUUUGAAGUUUUUACUUUGUUGGUAGAUUUAAGAAAUAUAUGGUGUAACUUGUGUUGUUUCAUAGAGCUUUUUAAGUACUUGAAUAUUAUAGAUUGACAAAUUGAAAAUUUGCGAUUAUUUUGAAGCUGAGAAUUCAUGUAUAUAAAUAGAUUUUGAUAGACUAGUAUGAAUAUUCUGUAUAAAAAUGAAGCUCUAAGCAAAAACUAGCUUUUUAGGUAAAAGGAAUAGAAGGUGAUUUUUGAAAUUUUUUAAGGUUUCAUAUUUUCUAAUAAAUGUAUGUAAAAAUUCCUGGAUAUUAAUAUUUUAACUGUAUAAAAAUUAUCUAAAAUCUCCACAUUAUAAAAUAAAUAUGCUAAUUUAGAUAGAGCAUAAAAUUUUAAUUAGAAAUUUAUAAAUUAAAAAAAAAUUCUGCUGUGAUUUUCCUUAUAAUUUAAUAAAUGUGAUUUUGUAAUUACCUUUAAAGCUGUAAGUGUUUCCCUGCUAUAAUGAAUUAAAAUGAUUCCUUUCGUGAAAUAAAACUAUGGAUUGAAGUAAUGUAUGUAUAGUGCUUGUUCUAGCCAAUAUUGUAUAUGCUAUAGAAGUUAUUAUAUUUAUAGUCUAUCAGAUUGUUUAUUUAGCAAAUAAGAGCUGCAUUUUCAAUUCUGUGAAGGCUUGCAGUUCAUUACACAUGUUAGAUAUUAAGCUUAUUGUGCACCCUGAAAAUUUUUUUAUUUGUUGUAGAAAUGGAAGUUUUAUUUAUUUUGUACUUAAAUUGUAGACAAGUUCCAUUGUAAGUAUAUAAAGUUGUAAAUUUUAAUUUGGAAGGGUAUUUAUAAUGCAUGAUAUAUAACAGUGUGUUUGCUACUGUUUGUAAAUGUAAUAUUUUAUUAAAGGAUUGAAA